AUGUAUGUGAAAUGGUUUGAUGCAGUGAUGUUUUACUAUGUGAUUUUAGUGAUUUUAGUGAAUGUCACUUUUUGUCAUUUUCAAAUUUCCCACCAUUCUGUCCCCCGUACGUCCCGACGUCGCAGAUGGAUGCCGGCAUCCGCCUGAGGACAUUACAGGGGACACUGCAGGAGGGACAUCGCAGGAGCGCAGGACAAGGUAAGAGAAGAACAGAUCCCAGAGCAGCACCGCAUGGUAAGCCCGAGUGUAGCUCGGGGUUACCGCUUGUGCUACACUCGGGAAUACCGCCAGGGAGGCUA